GCCGCUUUCACAAAGGAAAACUCGCGCAUCACACGAGCAACCACAACCACAACAGCGGAGACCGUCGUGCGAGGACCCUUAUCAGUUUUGUUCCCUUUACGCAGCCAAAACAGCACCACUGUAGGUUCGUACCGUUCAAUACAUCUUUCUUUUCCUUUUUUUUUUCAGUCCCCGGCGAUACAUCAAGGUAGCACGUGAACCCAUGCAGUUCAGCCAGACGUCGUUCUCCUCACCGAUGUCGGACCACGCAGGCCACCGGCUGAGUAGUGCACGGCCGAAGCAGUGCAGCGUCACAUUUCCACCCAUUCACGCGACGCCGGAUGAGCACCGCGGCGCCUCCGCACCGGCCGGUGCAGGAACGAAGCGAAAGGAUCCACAGAAGGGUGUUAUUGGUUUUAAUCGUGACCACGGCGGCAAUUCGUCCCGCACCACGUCAGCCGCAGGCGCGCCGCGGUCGUCUGCCUGUGCGGCGGACCACACAAACUCGAUGUACAGCUCUCCCUUUCCGGCAGAAACCAACUCUCGCGCGGUACCGCCGGCCUCGGCUGCGCAGCUUCGCAAGGCCAACAAAAGUGCCACGCACCGUCCCUCUCGGACGUCUUCCGUUUUCUCCCAAGACGCCUUCAGCGCUCGCGCGUCACUUCGGGCAGGUAAAGAUCGCUCCUUGCUAACCGUAGCCGCGUUUCAACACUUUGUAGCACAGGCGGAGGAAGUGGAGGCGGAGGCGAAGAGACAGCUGUGUGAGGGCCACGUCGGUGGUGCUCUGAGCAAGUUAAAAAGGGCGCUGGACCUUGUCGAAGAAAGUGCGACGCCUCCUCCGCGCACGAGAAAAGGCGAGCUCUCUUCGAAUGGCCCAGCUGCUGCUGCUGCUGCCCUGCCGCCCCUUACCGCGUCCUCUCGUGGCGCAUCCUCGACGUUGGCGUCAGCGUCGAUGGCAACGGUCGCCGUCUCCGCUGCAGAUGCUGCGGCGUGGCGCACGGAGACAUCGCAGCGGCUUGCAGUGAUGUAUACCGUUGUCGCGAGCAACGCCGGUGUGAGGUGCGGCGUGACGGCGGAGCCGCUGGCGGUGCAGAAGGCCUACUUGCAAGCGGCCAUGCGCUACCUCCUCGAGUCGGCGGACGAAAACCUCUUCCCAGAGUGGAAGCGUUCCUCACAGCCCGGCAGUGGUCCCAGCAGGAACAGUCGUUCAGCUUCCGCUCGCUCUUCGAGCGCAAUCAAGAAACCCGCCAAGAAGCGGAAGCCUCCUGUGCCAUGCUGUCUCGCAGACGGCACGGAGCCGAACACCGCACGGUGCCAGCUGCUGCGGUGUGCGGUGCGCAACAACGCUGCGGUUUGCACUGCGGAUCGUUUUUCCCGUGGAGGUCAGGCUCGAACGGCCUACGAGCUGCUCAAGGCUUUGGUGAACGCCCGUGGCGUGUGGUGCGGUGUCGUCCUCUACAACUUGGCCGUCGCUUUCUUGGACGUUGAGCACUACGACGACGCGGCGGAAGCCAUCGCACGGUGCAUGGAGCUCAGUUUCUUCUAUUUGCAAGCAGCGGAAAACUCGCUGCACGACCCAUUCAGCACGACCACCGAAGCCGCGUGUGCAAUUCACGCUUCAAUGGCGCGGCAGAUCAUACACGGCCAUCACUUCAUCGCCACCAUGGCGGCCUGGUGCGAUCCAGCUGGUCCAGUGGAAGUGCAGCACUGCGAAAUGGCCAUGGGGUGCGCGACGCGGUACCUGAGUCCCGCAGACGCAAAGCAGCACGAGUGCCAACGACGUCUGGCCGCGGCACACGCCAGAAAAAGCGGUGUGUCCCGCCUCGCCGCAGCGCCGUUGCUCCCCUACGUGUCGCACGAUUUCACCUUUCCCGGUGCGCCUGCAGGUCGCACGACGUCGAACGGCGCCACAGAUCCCCCGGACGUCACAAUGCUGGUCGAGGGCCUUUUCUCUCUGUCGUCGUCGUCCGCGUCACCCUUGGACCUCGCGGCUGACUUACCGCCUGAAGUGCUGGCCUACGUGCGGGCUGCGAAAAAGGGCGACGCACUGCGCUUUUGGGUGAAGGAAGCGCAGCGUGGCAACGCCGCCCCGCCGUUUCUCACCGCAGCCGACGCCCUCGCACCGCUGCCUGCUCUUCUUUGUCCAUCUUCCACAGACGGCGCAGGGGGGAUUGCGGCCAGCGUCAAGGAUGCACGGCCGUCGAGUCGGAAAGCCGCAACGGCACGCGGUGACUUGCCGUCCACUUCCCCUACACGUUCGCUGGACCCAACGACGUCGUCGGCCCACACACCGCCGAAGAGCCGCCUCGCCUCGUCCGGCGGGAAAUCCUCUUCAACGGUGUGCCGGCCCAGCAAACCGGCGCCGUACUUCGUCACGACGUUGCCGCAGAGCACCUUUCGCCGGUACCGUACCUUGCGCGCCAGUGUCGUCACGCAGAUGGAGAAUGAGGAAGUCGCAGCGGGGAGCGGUGCAGCUGCGGACGGCGACCAAGAAGGUCUUGCGGCCGGUGUAGUGGAUGAUGGCAGUGACGUCAACUCCGCAGCUAAGCUGGAGACCGGGGCUGACGUGUCGCCCUACAGCACCAGCGGCACACCUGGGAGAAGCAGGCGCAUGACUGCGCUGCUGUACGGAGCUGCCGGCAUGUCGCCUACAGACACCCUUUUCACCACGCCUCACGACGCGACGAUGACCGCUGACCUCGACGGGGCUGAAGGCGACGGCGGCGGAGCUGACGACGCGGACAACGCGGGAGACUCGACCACCGUCCUUGCCAUUACAGUGCGACCGUCGGAACUGCUGCGACAGCUCGACACGGAAACAGAGGUGUGCUACUCCCGCCUCGUCGCUGACCCGCUGGCAGACGCGUACCGUAGUGCAGCCAUCCGUCUUCAAUCCUGGUGGCGUUCACGGAUGGCAAACCACGAACGAAAGAGGCGCAGCGCGGCCGUGCUGCUGCGGUGCAGAGAGGACGCACAAGCGUUUCGCAUUCAGUGCUGCUUCCGUAUGUGGAGACGGCGGAGGCUGCAGGCGGCGCAGCGAGAACGUAAGCGUCAAGAACGCCUUCGAGAAAAGCACGUGCGUGUCGUGCAAGCCUUUCUGCGUCACCGUGAGAGCCUCGAACUGUGGGGACGAGCCUGUGUGACAUACUACCAGCAACUCGUCGCCCGUCGAAAAGAGGAGAGGCGCCUCCACGCGGCUGCUGCAAAGGUGCAGAGCUGGUGGCGCAUGCUGGCGGCGCAGACGGUGGUCAAGAAGCAAAUAAAAGCCAUUGUCCGCCUUCAGGCAUUCUGGCGUGGUGUGUGUGAGCGUAGAGAGCAACGACGGCUCCGCGUGCACCGACGCUUAGCGGAAGAAGCGUUUCACAAGAGUCGCCUGACCUCCAUCACCUGUGUGCAACGAUGGUGGCGCGGAUGCCAGGAGCGUAUUGCUGCUCGCAAGUGUUUGGCGGAGAAACGGCAAGCGAUCGAAUCCUAUCUCGCAAAUGCGCAAUCUGAGCACGACAAGGCGUUAAAAACACACUUACUCAAUCCAGAUGAGGCUGUCGCGGCUAUGCGGACUGUCUUGGCUGUACUGGCGGGUGCCCAUGACCGUCGUACGCUGGGCGGGACGUAUCGAUACGCACAGAUCCGAAAGCGCGCUGUUCACCGCUAUGUCCUGAAGCACCGCGGACGCAUCGAAAGGGCGGACCUUGCCAAAGAACGCACCAACAAGUUGCGUCUGCUGAGACGGCGAGAGGAGGGGGCGGUGGCGACGUUACGACUACAAAAGUGGGGGCGGCGGUGGCUUCCACGACGGCGCGCAGCCCGACGGACAGAGAUGGAGGCUUUCCAGCACGAAGCUGCAGCGAAGAUUCAGGCGACGUGGCGGAUGUAUAGCAUCCGGCAAGAACUGAACGCGUUCUCGGACUUUCUGGCGAGCGACCGUCACCGCUACGCGAGGAGGAUUCAGCGUGCUUGGCGGGCGCACCACGCGCAACGAAAGGCGACGCCUCUAAAACAGCAGCGCAUAGACACUGACAACGCAAAUGACCUGCGGCGGAAAGAGCUGACGCGCGGUCAUGACGCUGUCGUGCAUAUUCAGCCGUGGUACCGCACCCAUCGCACUCCUACAGGCGGUCAGCGAAGCGGCAGCGGCCGUUUGCUUUCUUUACCGUCUACUCCCGCCGCUGCGGCACGGCGCAUCCAAGUGUGCUGGCGCUCCCACUUCACCAAAAAAACCACGCAACAGUCGCCCUCUGCUGAAGACCUUCUCCCCGCCAUGCAGCAGCUCCCGCCCAAUGCUGCCUCCGCGUAUGCAACAUGGAUUCAGGCGUUUGCGCGAUCUUGGUUAAUUCAACGCUCUCUUCGGCGACUGCCUUCACGCAAAUCCGGCUCACCCAGCUCCUCACCUCUGAGUCCGUCGUACCGUAAGUUCCAGGUUCCUCAACCACCGACGGUGCCGCCCUGCAUGCGAGUCUCUGCCUGCUCCGGCCUUGGUGCAGCAGAGGCGGAAACGGACGCCGUCCUGAACGCGGCGGACGCGCUGACGCUCCGCCAAGGUGGCCCGACGCUGCCCGGUUUCUGUCACACUGGCGGGUCUGCUGCGACGACGCCCACGAUGACCGACCACGGUCACCACUCGCCGAGCAGCAGCGCCUUGCCACAGUCCCUUUCCCGGCUGACCAGCUCUACCGACAAGCUGCUCUACUUCUUCUGCACCGACUCUUCCUACGAGCCGUACAGUGCACGACGCCCGCGCAGCCCCUCCUCCUCGACGGCCAGCGCGUACAGCGAUGAGGAAGGGACGACGGAGGAAGAAACGGUGCAAGAAGAGAAGGCAGACCAAGUGAAGAAAGUGGACGCCGAAGAAUCCACGCACUCCGACUCCGCGAGGAAGAUGUCCACAACGCGCAGUGCGGCAGACGACGGCGUGGCGCUCCAUCAGUCCCCCACCACGGCCUCCGUUGGCAGUCCCUCAGGGGCCCAAGCAGCUGCCUUUCCCAUCCCACGCCCACCCGCGCCGCACCGCAUCAUGUGCACUGUGCAUUGCCGGCACACGCCAGAAGAAAUCGCCGCGGCAACGCGCAUUCAGGCGGCGUGGCGUGGCAUCCGCGCGCGGUGCGACGUGGAGUACUACUAUGAGGAGUACUACGAAGAGGUGGAGGUGAAUGAAGAAGAUGGCAACGCCGAGUGA